AUGGCCGCAGCGAGCGUGAUGUUAGAUAAAACCCAUGUUCCCUUGCCCAAGCGUGCCACUGAUCCGAACACUUAUAUAUUCGGUGAAAUAAAAGGGCACUAUCUUAUCAUUGCCUGCCUUCCAAAAGGAAUAUAUGGAAAGGUGUCUGCUACAUCAGUCGUAGCUCACACAAAAUCAAACUUUCCAAACAUCCGCUUGGGCCUCAUGGUGGGGAUUGGAGGUGGAGUCCCAGGCACUAGCAAUGACAUUCGACUGGGUGAUGUGGUUGUGGCUCAGCCAACCGGACAAUACAGUGGAGUGAUUCAAAAUGAUUAUGGCAAGACGAUUCAAGGUGGACACUUAGAGCUGACUGGCUCUCUUAACAAACCACCAAAAUUUCUUUUAACACACAUCUCCUCUCAAGAAGCAAUACAGAUGAUCAAAAGAGAUGAGAAGAUCUCGGAAAUUCUCAGAGAUGUGCUGAGCCAGAAUUCUGAUAUGAAAGAUCAAUUUUCACCCCCAGACCUUCGAACAGAUUAUCUUUUCUGUUCCUCUUAUCAUCAUGUCGAUAAAUCGAAGAGCUGUGAAAUGUGUGACCAAGAGCAAUUAGUGCCCCGACCAUCCCGUGAAACCAGGACACCUCGUAUUCACUAUGGGCUUAUUGCUUCUGGAGACCAGGUCAUGAAGGAUUCAGAGACACGAGACCGUCUUGCAAAACAGCAUGGAAUACUUUGUUUCGAGAUGGAGGCAGCAGGCAUCGUGGACGAACUACCAACCAUUGUGAUUCGAAGAAUCUGUGAUUACUGCGACUCUCACAAGAAGAAGGAAUGGCAGGGAUAUGCAGCUUUGACAGCAGCCGCAUACACAAAAUCCCUGCUUUACUCCCUCCCGACUACUCUUCCAAAUCCAAGUUCUGCAAAGAGCCAAACCAAACUUCCCGUCAUUGGGUGGUCUCUUUAG